AUGGCUUCAGUACUUGUUCCCGAAGUUCCGGCGCCAGGUUUUUCUUUUGAAAACUGCCAAAGAAAUGCCUUCCUGGCACAGAAAGGGUUUCCUGCUCCCAAAGCGACGAAGACCGGUACCACCAUCGUGGGUAUCAUUUACGCGGAUGGUGUCAUUUUGGGUGCUGAUACUAGAGCAACAGAAAAUACAGUAGUGUCCGACAAAAACUGUGAAAAAAUUCAUUACUUGGCAGGAAAUAUGUAUUGUUGUGGAGCGGGUACUGCUGCUGACACCGAGAUGACUACUCAAACAGUGGCUUCUCAACUUGAGCUGCAACGUCUACACACCGGCCGUACAGUUCCUGUGGAAACUGCUGCAACAUUACUUAAACGCAUGCUAUUCCGCUACCAAGGUCAUAUCGGAGCUGCCCUUGUUCUUGGGGGUGUUGAUACUACUGGUCCUCAUAUUUAUUGCAUUUACCCCCAUGGAUCUGUUGAUAAACUUCCUUAUGCUACAAUGGGUUCUGGUUCUUUAGCAGCUAUGGCAGUUUUUGAAUCUAACUGGAAGCCUAAUAUGAAUGAAGAGGAAGGGAAAAAGCUAGUAAGAGAUGCAAUUGCUGCUGGUAUUUUCAAUGAUCUUGGCUCUGGUUCUAAUGUAGAUCUGUGUGUUAUUCGUACUACUGGACCUGCACAAUAUUUGAGAACUUAUGAAGAGGCUAAUGUCAAGGGUAAAAAACAAGGUUCAUACAGAUAUCCUAUUGGAACAACUGCAGUCUUGAAGCAGCGUGUGAUUCCUCUAGAAGUAGAAUCAGUGGCUGUUCAUCCAGUGCAAUCAAUGGAAGUGGAACCAUCACCAAGUCGGCGU